AUGUCUGGGGCCUUGUGCCGGCUGGUGAAACAACUAGCUCUAGCUCAUCAGCGUGACGCUGGGCAAGGAAAGCAUCCUCUAACCGCCUCUCCUGCCUACCUGGACACUUCGCUCUUAAGGCUCUUUCCAAACCUGACCGAGAUAGAGGACCUAGAGGCCACUCUCUCCUCCACUCAGAUGUAUCGACUGCAUCGUGCAUUACGCACCUAUCUGGCCCAUGUGUUUGCUGCCCAUCUUGCUGCUAUUUCCCUUGCAAAAUCCCAUGAUGAUCUACUUUUUAUUAAUCAAUUACUUGUAUUGAGCACCAGAAGCAACAGUCCCAUUGCUCCUACUCUACCCCCUUCGGUGACCGGCCUGGUCCUCCCGGACGAUGAAGGCACUUUGGGCGAAAGGAUAAUGAAUGAAGAACCCCCUUUCGGAGAUUCCAGUGGCGUUUGUGCUGCAAACAAGACUUUGAACGAAAGGACUGCUCAAGGCUCUCGUGCUAGAGGACUGUCAGUAAUGGGAGAAAUGGAGGGUCAGAGCGGAAAAGCUCAACCAAAGGAGGAUGAGGCUGCUAAAUGUCCAAGUGAAGUGAAACUCGGGAAUGAAGCAGAUAGGUCUCAGUCGAAGGCAUUCAGCGAUGGGAUUGAGAAGAUAUGGAAGAAGAUUCAGUGA